AUGAUUCGAGUUCUCCCUCCCGCUGAGAAUUCUGGCAAAGCACAGCAGCCAGUCGUCGUGCCGACGAUUCGAGUUCUCCGUCGUCGCUUUCCCUUCUCCGUCCCGAGUCCAUCGUCCGUUGUUGCCGUCGUCGUUCCCGUUGUUGCCGUCGGCCGACGAUUCGAGUUCUCCCUCCCGCUGAGUCCACCAUCGCCGAUUCCAUCGCCCUCAGUCUCUCGUCGUGAUCUCGUUUCAACUCGGCCUCUCAGUCUCUCGUCGGCGGCGUUAUAA